CAAGUGUCUGCCCCGGCGAUGCACGGUAUACCGGUUUGCCUAGAUCCUGAUUUAUGAACAAGGACCACUAUCCUGUCCUCCAACGACCACCACACCCGUUCAGGCCCUUGCACAGUCUCUUAUAGACUGCGCUUCACCCUUCAACUAAUUCCCUUUGUCUUCGGUGCUUUCUGCAGUGGACAUUUCCUUUCUAGCAGUCCACAAAGGCCUAUGCUGGCCACAAUCACUUAGACUGGCCACAAUCGUUAUUGUAUUAAUUCUGCUCCGGCCUGCACAUGAUGGCGUUAGAAAUUUCAUCGCAACCGUUCUCUCCCUUUCAGCCCCAUUCUCUCGGCGAGUGCUCCUCGUCCGAAAGCUUAAUUUUGACCCCGCGACCGUCAUUCUACAACUUCUCAAACAGCUCUUACAUUCUGUCCGACUCUUGCAGUCGCCCCAGCUCUUUCAGCAGUAUUGACUCUGGCUACGCCAGCAUCAUGGGGCCACAGUCUGACGUAGAUUCCAUCCGGAAGCACAGGUUCGGGGGAAAACAUCUCACCCCUUCCGACGCAGACGUGUUCCGACCUCUCACACCCCUCAAUCGCACCUCGUCAUGGGAUUUGUCGAAGCCAAAGAGAGCAUUUCUUCAGGGGAGAAAGAAGUCAGAAUCGUCCACGACUUCGUGGUAUAGUGCGAGUACAAGCACUCUCCCGGACGAAACAGAAUUAUCUAGUGAUGGAGACGAAGAUAUCGAAAUCAGGCAAGGGAUGAACUCCCCUGCUAAAGCGUUUCAGGCGAAGGAUCACUUCGCCACAAGACGAGGCAUGACUCAUCAUCCCUACCCUCCCCACCAAGCACCUUACAUGCAAGCCUACGACCGUACACUUCUUGACAAUGAUCGUUUCUCGGAUGUUCUCUUACAACGUCUCAGCACCAAUGGGACGCCGUCAUUUCUCACAUUCAACGGUAACCCGCCCACUACUAUUCUUGACGUGGGAUGUGGUGCAGGACACUGGGCCAUCAGAGCUGCAAAACAUUGGCCGAAUGCAAGGAUCAUCGGCAUCGACUUAAUUGCUCCCUCAAGCUUGAAUGACGGCAUUGCUACCCCAUCAAACGUGGAAUGGAGGCAAAUGAACUUCAUCGGGCACAGAUUGGGCUUCCCUAGUGACACAUUCGAUCUCGUGCGGAUGGCAAACCUGUCCCUGUGCAUCCCUCUUGAGAGUUGGGAAGAGGUUCUCACGGAAGUCAUGAGAGUUUUGGCGCCCGGGGGGCGGCUAGAAUUGAUCGAUGAUCAAGCCUUGUUCCCAGCCGUGAAACCUUCGGAACGCGCUCCAGCUUCGCCGGCCGCCACCAGCGUCCCUCCCUCCCGCUGUCAGUCGUACAUCGAGUUUGAUGACAAUGAUUCUGAUGACGAGGAUGACGAGACCGAUGAUGACUUCAAGAGUACACGGAGCUCCCUAUCCGAAGACGAAGAAUCCCCGCCAUACGAUGCUGCAUCAGAAUGGACGAGAAAUGAAUCAAAUGCGAAACAUCUCGAGACCCUGUUCGCUGAUAUGCUUUGGAGCAAGUACAAGAUCCGCACAGACCAACGAAGAAGCAUAGAGGAAGUUUUGGAUAAUGUUUUCGGCCGAUAUAACGCUCAGAGAGUCUCGGCGAUGACUCUCGCCAUUGCACCUCCUGCGCCCAAUUCAGACUCAGGCUCAAGCUCAGGUUCAGGCCCAGCGUUGGACCCUGAUCAGUCGUCAGUGUCGAGCGCAGAUAGUAAGAGCCCGAAGAAGAAAGGGAAAGUCUUCAAGCAGUGGAUUGCUGUUGAAUGGGACAAGAUCGAGAACAAGGGGAAGAAGGGCAACCGUUCUAGUGGAGAGAGCGUCCUGUCCCCCAUACCACAAUCCCUUAGCGCCAAAGCAGCAGGCCGUCUAGGUAUCCCCUCUUCUGCUGCUACUUCUCCCACUGCGCAGUCGCCCCGACAUUCUGUAAUUCCCCCACCCUCACGUCCUGCUCAAUCUCCCGGACUGGUGCUGUGGCCUAACACGUUGAUUGAACUAGGGUCUUUCGAGCUUGAGAUGCACGCAUGCAAGCACAUGCAGAGUCUGCUCGGGUGCAAAGCCGCGCUGCAUGAGUACGUGCAGGAAUCCUUCCGUGAUGCCGACGGAAAUGCCCUUUUAGAUGACGCAGUGUUCGAUGAUCUCAUUUGGGACUACGAGUGCUUCCGCCGCAAGCGUUUCAACUGGCCAUCAGCGACCCCCGAAACGGAAAAGUCUACUCCUGAUGAGCCCUCCGCCACUCCCAAUCACAGACUUUCAACCGACGUACUAUCUAUUCGCUCACGUCCUCGGGGAGGCUCUGACGCCAGUAUGAAGCAACCCGAAUCAUCACGCUAUUUGAAAGAAGAGCUCACUUUUGUGCGCUCCAUCUACGUAUACACUGCGAGCAAGAUUGCCGCAGACGAGAUCAUUUUAUCAUAGGAACACCACACCAUGUACCAAACUUCAUCAUUCAUUGCACGUAUACCCUUCGUCACCUUUUCCGACGGUUUCGACCCGGAUCUCGACAAUUCUUCGCUUUCCUCCUCCGCUCUGCUAUUGAUUAUUGCUAUUUGCCAUAUCACUGCUGUAUCCUGCAUCGCCGCACUCGAACAC